UGAAAGCAUCGAGUAAUAUUAAACAAUUAAACUUCAAGUGCAGAUGGUAUCGCUUCGAAAAUGCCAGAUGGUAGCCGUAGACGCUUCACACUCAUCCCUUCUUCAUGAAAACCAAAUCCUUCACACCGCCCUUCCAAAGCAAAAAGGAGAUUCUCACCGCUGUCCUCCGUUCUGUAUGACCGUCAUCCCUAACUCUUCUGCCUGCCCCGACUGUUGUGUGAUGCUUCAUUAAGAUACGCAUCCCUUCUUGACAAAAACAAGAUCCCUCCAUGUUGUCCUGCAAAAACAAAAACGGAAUCUUGUCGUCUGAUGCUUCAUUCUGAUACACAUCCCUUCAAAAUGGAAUCCCUUCAUGUCGUUCCCUUGACGCUUCCAACCGCUGACCUGCGUCCUUCGAACAAACCCAUCGAACACUUCUCUUCUCUUACCGUAAUACUAAAUGUUGAUAUUUGUCAGAAAUGUGGAGAUAGAGGCUUUGUUGAGGCUUUAAAUUUUUGUAAUGAAUGUCAGACUUAUCCUAUCCAUCGCUAUUGCCUAGAUGAACUGCCAAAAUAUUUGGAUGAGUAUGUUCCUUGGCUUUGUGAAGAUUGUGAGGCAGCAAUUUUGCCAACAAUAAACUCUGAAGUUAAAUUAAAAAAGAAAAAGCAGGUCAAACAACUCAAGAAGAAAAAGAAGAAAAAGAAGAAACAGAAGAAAAUUAAGGGGAAUGAUGAUUGUGAUAAGAGUAGUUAUUCUCUUCAACUACCUGAGGCACAUUGCAGUGAGAACAAGAAUGAGUCAACACCUGGAAGGCUAGGAGAGCCAGUACUCGAAGAUGGGGCUGUUAGACCUCCUAUCACACACACCUACAAACGCAAGGGUAAAAAGGGAAGUGUCUUAACAGGGGCCAAUCACGGUCAAGUUGCUACAUCAUCUGAUAUGUGUAAUUCUACAAGGCUCAACUGUUAUGUUGCACAACCUAUAGUAGAUCCAGUGUGGAGGGGAACUUUAAAAUUUUGGAACCGAAGUUCUGGCAAAGUUUGUGUACUUGUUGCUCAUAUGUCUAGCUUAGCAUGUUCAAAAGUGUACGAGGAGGCAAAAAUGUUACCUGUGUUACUUUCCGCUGAAUUAUUUCGUAGAUGUGAUGUAUGGCCUAGAGGAUUUCAGAAAUUGGGGCCAACUGAUCAAAAUAUUGCUCUAUAUUUCUUUCCAGAUGGGGAAAGCCAAAAGGCAUUUGAUCUUCUGGUUAAUGCAAUGAUGUCCCAGGACCUAGCCAUGAAGGCUGUGUUGAAGAAUGCAGAGCUAUUAGUUUUUACUUCCUCCAUGUUACCAAUGAGAUAUUGGAGAUUUCAAACAAAGUACUAUUUGUGGGGCGUCUUUCGUGGAAAGCAAACUGCAAAACCAAGAAAUGUUGUCGCUUCUGAGGAGAGAACUUUUGCCGAGUCAACUUGUAUGCAAGGCCCUAUAAGUCCCAUUCGAACUCUGCAAUUGAUUUCAGGACCAAUAUACUUCCAGUUGCUGACGGAAGGAUGAUGCCUAAGAAUUUAGACGUGAGGUUGGAAAUGGUGGGAGCUCACAAAGUUCUCUCACGCUUUAAGUUUGAAACAAUUUUGGAGGAUCAGUAGAUUGUCUUUCUUUACCGGUGUUAGAUGUACAUUGUUCCGCCCCGACCUCGGCUCUUAUGAGGCUAUUUCAGUAACUUUCCAUUGGUUUCUUCACAGCUCCAAUGCCAUAAUGCUAAGGAAAGCGAAGUGACUAAGUACUUUCACCUUAACACCGAAGGCCAAUCAUAGUUAGGAGAACUGCCUCCCUUUAUUAGUCUUUUGUGGUCUUUUGUUGGGGAUGGCUUUUGUAUUGUGGCUUUGGUCUUACCUCUUCGUUGAUGAUAUGUGGAUACAACAAAACAAAGCUUAACAUGAAUCUCUAACCUUAGUGUAAAAAAAAACCUUCUUAAACUUAAUAUCUAACCUAUUUUUGAGUCAGAUGUGUGAAUAAUCCAUGUCAAGUUGUUGAUUGGUGAGUUAGCUGAGGAUUAUGAAGGGGAGUAUUGUUCUUGUAUUUAUGUUUUUAUUUAGUUUAGUGGCAAAUAUGUUGCAUUUUUCACAUCUUGAACAUGUGAGAAUAAACCCUAAUGGUGAAGGAUAUUUGUUUUAUUGUUAUGGCAAACUAGUUUUUAACA